AUGGGGUCGUUGGAGGCCGAAUCUAGGCAUACCCGUAGAGACCACCUCCCCUCUCUGAACGUCGCUUUCAAGGACGCUGCUGGCUACCCGCAGAAGAACCUCUUUAUUGCGCCGGUCGCUGGAGUGCCAUCGACUCCUCUGAUCAGUCCGAAGUCGACAAUGUACCCGGGGCAGUACCCUUAUCCCACGCCAACCACAACCAGCGGCAGCGCAGGGCCUACGCAAGCAGGAUAUUUCUCCUUGGUGGAUCAUCAUAGAGCGAUGGAUGACAGGGAGAAACAGUUGCAGAUGCAACAACCACCGAGACAGUCCUUACCUUCGAUCCACGAAGCUCUCGGAAGCGAGAAUACCCUGUCACUGUAUCCCGGUGCUCCCACCUUUGGCCAACAGUCGCAAUCUACCCACCAUGCCACUCCGCCCUCCCUUUCAUCCAACCUGGCCGCACGUGCAAACGGAGAAGGCCUGCCAGGACCACCCAACCCGUUUUCGAGCACCUCGUCUGCCGGUUCUUUGUUGCGGGAACCCUCCUUUUCCCAGCCCGGACCGCUACCAGCGGAUGUCUCAAGGUCGAGUCUCACAUCGGUCAGCAGUCAAGGCUCUAGGAAUGCUUCGCUCAACUCCCCUACCCAAAGUGCACGGACCGGUAUAACAUCCAUUGCCGGUUCCCAGACAUCUGCUUACGAAUAUGGUCCGCGCACAUCCGCGAGCAGCGCUGCCUCUACCAGUGGCUACGGCCCGUUUUCCCAGUCUUUCUCCUUCCAGCCCCAACAGGCGCCAGCAUACCCCCUGGCAACUUACGAGGCUCGACCCCAUGCAGGUGGACCUUGGAAGCCGGGCGCGGCUGAUCAGGCCUCGCGCCCUGGCGAUCAAAAGGGGGAAGUUACCGGGGUUGCAGGUCAACCUCACAGCGACUCCACAAAGCGGCCGCUAGAUGUUUACGACGUGGAGGCACCGCUUAGCGAGAUCUCUGACAUCAGCACGCGGACUCUCGACUUCUCACGGCAUUAUGCCAACAGAGUACACCAGAGUCAACGCUCCGGGUCGGUAGCAGGGACCCUUCCUUCUCUGAAUGAGAUCGAGGAGAUGCUGCAUUUGCAGCGACGGAAUCAGGAAGCAUUGCUCCGCUUGCGUGCGGCUGUGGUCAAUCAGGAACAUGCAUUGGCGGAGCAGCGCAUGGCACAAACGAAGGUGCUCAAGCCAACUGGGCCUGAUGACGGCCACAUGAUGGUAUAUCAGGAAGAGUACAAGGGUAGCAGUGGUGGGUUCACUGGCCCCGAAUCAAAGAAGCGGCGAGGGAAGGCAGCGCCUCCUGGCCGUUGUCACAGUUGCAACCGAGAAGAAACCCCUGAGUGGCGGCGUGGCCCAGAUGGCGCCCGAACUCUUUGCAAUGCGUGCGGCUUACACUACGCCAAACUUACUCGUAAGAUGGGUGCGGAUAAAGCGUCUUUCUUGGUUUCGAAUUUGCGGCCCAAGGAAACGAUCGACACCCCGUCACCGAGGAGCCAGUAA